UGAAGUUUAUGAGUUGCGACCUGGUAAGUGACCUUUUUUUAACAUGUUUCCCAUUGGCGCAUCACGAAAGACUCAAAUCAGUUCCGGAACCCCGAGGAAACUCCUUUGAGGCUUUCGCGACUUGCGAAAAGUUGUGUAUAAGGUUUUUCAUGAGGUCUUUUAUGAGAAUUCUUCUCAACCGUUCGAGAGGUGCAUUCACUGACUGGUCUAGACCUCCGGGAUCCCAGUACUAUCCCACUCAACUUUACAAAAUCUAUCAACCUCGCAAUUUCAGAGCGUGGAAUCAAUGCUAUGCGCCAUGCUGGUCAACCAGGCCUCCUUGACCAUGUCAUGUCGACAACAAUUCCCAUGAGAGGCCGCAUGAUUCAUGGUAGAGGUCCAACUGGAGCUCUCUUUGAGCAGUCGCAAGACUACGAUGUCAAGGGACGAGCAAUCCACGCCAUUGACCGGGCAGGCCUGAACAAGCGAUUGCUCGAUAUCCUGGACAAUAUGCCUAAUGUCAAAUUAUUCUUUAACCACAAGCUCACAGGCGCAGACUAUCGCGAAUGCAAAGCUUGGUUUGAAGUGGCCGAUGCAAAGUCGUCCGAAGAGUCUCGUCCAAAGGAAAUCGAUAUUUCCUUCGAUCUUAUGAUUGGAGCUGACGGUGCCCAUUCUGCUGUUCGCUACCAUCUUAUGAAGUUUACCCGGAUGGACUACCAGCAGGAGUACAUUGAUACUCUAUGGUGUGAGUUCCAGCUCAAGCCAGUCAAAACUGAUAAAACAGCCGAUCCAAUGGCCAAGUUCCGAAUAUCGCCUAAUCACUUGCAUAUUUGGCCCGGCAAGGAUUUCAUGUUCAUUGCUAUUCCUAGCGAUGACGGCUCAUUCACAUGCACACUCUUUAUGCCUAGCAAGGAUUUCUCGGAACUUGAGAAUAACCCAGCCAGCGUUCCAGCCUUUUUCGACAGCCAUUUCCCGGGCGUUACCGACUUGAUACCAGGCGAUGAGUUGAUUGAAUCUUUCAAUACAAAUCCUCACCUCCCACUUAUCAGUCUCAAGUGCAAGCCGUAUCAUUAUGGCGCUUCUUGUGUUAUUGUUGGUGAUGCCGCUCACGCCAUGGUGCCUUUCUAUGGCCAAGGCAUGAAUGCGGGAAUGGAGGAUGUACGGAUUCUCUUUUCAAUAUUGGACAAACAUGCUCAUAUUGACGAGUCCAAUGACCCUGCCAGCGAGUCAUCUGAGUCCGGGCCAGCUUUCCAGCGAUCACUUGCGUUGGCGGAGUACUCAGCGGUCCGGCCAGCCGACGCCCAUGCAAUCAACGAUCUUGCCCUGCAAAACUAUGUUGAGAUGCGAUCUUCAGUCUUGUCAAAACGUUACAGGUUGAGAAAGUAUCUCGAAGAGAUGAUGAGCGUGUACUUCCCUCGCCUUGGCUGGCAGACGAAGUACUCUCGAGUCAGCUUCGGCAACGAGGGCUACCUAGACGUCAUCAACAAGAGUGAUACCCAAGGCAAGAUCUUGGUGCGAAGUUUCUUGACUCUGGUUGCCAGUCCUUUCUUGGUUUCAGCUGCGGUAUUUGCUUACAGGUACCGACGGUCAUUCUCUGCUAUGAUCAAGGCUGUUCGACAGCUUCCCUCGUGAGGGAAACCCGCCGUCGUAUUGGUACGAUGUACUAGUGAAAAUCUUCGCUUAUUUAUUAGAAAUCAUGUGUCACUGCUCAGUUGCAGGAAAAGUUGGCUAUAAUUAAAGGUCAAAUUGUAAUAUAGAAUUAAAACCAACAUGACUAGGACUAAGCUUGGAAGUAACAAAAGAAGGUCAACCUUCGAUUCUAAGAAAAGAACUUCCAACUAUCUAUGAAUCUACUGAAUUAGUCGCAUGCGCCUCAAAUGUAUCGUUGAUCUCUAGAGUUCAGAUUAGUCUACGGGUUUAUCGAGAGCGUUGGCGAUUUGCAGCACCACCACUCUUGCUAAAGAGUAAAUUCGAAUUCUUGGUAAUUCAUCAACGUCAGAUACUCACACUUAUAUCAAAUUGCUAGCUUUAUUUCUGGCACUAUAAAAACGAAGCACACAUUCAUCGUCAGGUUAUUCUUAUGCACUAAUGCAAUGAUAUGCGC